AGGGGAUAAAACAUGAAGGGCUGAACUUGCGUGUAGGAGUUAUGAUUGCAUUCUUGAGCUUUGGUAGCUUCUGAUGGAUGCAGAUGUGACAUCAGGGUGCACAAGGCAUGACCUUGAGCCACAGCUGUUUGAAGCACAUCUUGGACAAUCAGCGCUCAGCAUGCCGGGCAAACCAGAGAUCACGGUCUUCUACGAGCCAGACACCCACACGGUGUGCUCAGUUGUGGUGGACCCUCUCACCAAGAAAGCAGCCGUGAUCGACUCCGUCUUGGGAUUUGAGUUCUCUUCAGGUAACACCAGCACGGCGCAUGCUGACCAAGUCAUUGAGUUCAUCCAACAGAAUGGUUUGGACUUGGAAUACAUUCUUGAGACUCAUGCGCAUGCCGACCACCUGUCUGCAGCCCCUUACAUCCAAGGCAGGCUUGGGGGCAAGAUUGGCAUCGGGGAGCACAUCAGGAUAGUGCAGGAUGUCUUUUCCGGCGUUUUCAAUUUGGGGCCCGAUUUCAAGAAGGACGGGUCCCAGUUUGACAAACUAUUCGCUGAUGGGGAGGUCUUCAACCUGGGAGAGUUGGAUGCAAGUGUCCUGUACACUCCCGGGCACACCCCAGCAUGCGUCUGCUACCACAUUGGAGAUGCACUCUUCACUGGUGACACACUCUUCAUGCCUGACUACGGCACCGCAAGAUGUGACUUUCCUGGCGGGUCUUCAAAGACCAUGUACUCCUCCGUUCAGAAGAUCCUGUCGCUUCCCGACGAAACGCGUGUCUUUGUGGGCCAUGACUACUUGCCCAAAGAAGGUCGCAAAGACUUUGCUUGGGAGACGACCAUCGGUGAGCAGAGGCGGAACAACAUUCACAUUGGCGGUGGAAAGUCAGAAGAAGAGUUCGUCCAGAUGCGCGAUAGCCGUGACGCUCAGCUAGCGGUGCCCAAGCUCAUCGUGCCAUCCGUGCAAGUGAACAUCCAGGCGGGACGCCUUCCAGAACCUGCCUCGAAUGGUAAGGUGUACUUGUCCGUGCCCAUCAACGUGCUGAGCAACACAGGCUCCCUGAACCCAUGAGUCGUGAGUGGUAUGAUUCAGAGGAAUACAGCUAUGCGGCUAUGCGGCUACAAGCUAUGCCUUGUUAGCCGGGAUUCGCGGAUUGGUUUCACCUGAAUCUGACAGUCUUUGCUCACCGUCGGCAACAGGCUGGCGCACAUUGAGAUUGAGACGUCUGUGAGGGGCAGAAAGCGCAUGUAUUAUAUCACUUUGUCGUUGCUCUCCCUCUUUGUCGCUCCCUGCGACAAUGUCAUGGACGCAGCCAUCAUUCAACCC